AACGGCCGCAUGACAUGUGCCGGUUGAAGGACCCCGAAGAGCCAAGAUGGCCGCGCCCGCGGCAGACGCCGGGGAGUUUGAAAGUUGGUUAAAUGAACGCCUGGACGCGUUGGAAGUGGACCGAGAGGUGUACGGCGCCUACAUUUUGGGCGUAUUACAAGAAGAGGAGAGCGACGAGGAGAAACGAGACGCGCUUCAAGGGAUUUUAUCGGCUUUUUUGGAUGAAGAAAACACACUGGAAGAUGUCUGUCAGCAGAUCAUCAAGCAUUGGAAAGAGUACCACAGCUCAGCAAACAUGCGAGAUGCCGGAGACGUUGAAGUCCAAGCCAUUGCCAGUAUGAUCGAGAAGCAGGCUCAGAUUGUGGUGAAGCAGAAAGAAGUGUCAGAGGAAUCCAAGAAACGCAAGGAGGCCCUACUGGCGCAAUACGCCAACGUUACGGAUGAAGAGGAUGAAGGUGAAGAAGAGGAUUCGCCAAAUGGAAACCUCAUGCCUGGACAGGAUAAGUCCAUGUUCAAGAACACUAAUGUGGAAGAGGUCCUGAACAGGCAAAAGCAAAAGCGGGAACAGGCCCGCGAAGACGCCCAGAAGAAGAAGGAAAUGGACAAGAUGCAGCGGGAAAAGGACAAACUGGCCAAACAAGAAAGGAAGGAGAAAGAGAAAAAGCGCACGCAAAAGGGAGAACGCAAAAGAUAAAAGCAGGAGAAAGGACACUUCGUUGUGCGCGACAAGGAAACACAUUGUGUAUGAGCACUGAAACAUGAAAUGUAUUCAACUUUGGUUGAACUCAUUCAGCCUUGUGUUAUCAAAACUGACCCAGAUUAAGAACAAACAAACGAUGUAUUGGUAUAAAAUAUCUUUUUAAAGCUUAAUAAACUUUUGGAGUGA